AUUACCAUUUAAGACCACGUCGUGUGUCAUUCUAUUCCUUUUUACUUGUAAGAUGACCGACCAACUUUUACGUUUCACCUUUCUUCUGGCGCUUAUUCAAGGGCCGAUCACUUUGGCACUGCAUCCAUCGACAGAAAAUAACCACAUAUUGGUAGGCUAUGCCUUCAAACAGUUCUUUUCCAGAGACUGGUUAAACUGUAUUCAGGCCUGCCAUGAUGAGUCAAGGUGUAUCUCAUACAACUAUGAGAGAUCAGCGGGCGCCGAUGGUUUGUGUGAGUUAAACCAUUGUGGAGUUGAAGAAUUGAGCUACAGAGAUCGGCUUCUUAUUUACUCCUCGGGGUUCGUAUACCAGCAAAUAAGGAGAGGAAAGCAUUGUCUCCUCAAGAGCUGUCAGGAACUUAAACAGAAAUAUCCGGAGGCAGAAAGUGGCAUACAUACAAUUGAUCCGUUACAAAAGGCAAGGCCCAUUGAGGUAUUUUGUGAAUUCGACAUUGAAGGAGGUGGUUUUAGUUUUCUUCCUCAUAGCGUCACGAAUCGAUCAGAUGGUAAGGCGAUUGUUGACGCGCUCUUCAAAGACAGGAAAAAUGUUUUGCUGAAGUUGAAGAAAAACGUCGAUGGCAGCGAGUGGUACACUUUGAUUCAGCCCCACCCGAAUUACGCUGACAUCGAUUUUGGCGUCUUGGUGAACAACUACUCUGGUUACACUGAACCAAAAAACGUCUUCAUGCAGAAAUACGUAUUCCUUGGUAUCCUCCCUAAAUCAAUUGCAAAUAAGAAAACAACCCAGGGUUUCAGAUCUAAUGGCAUCAUAGUAGAGUUUGUGAACUGCGAUACCAAUUCCAACAGCUUCUUUGCACUUUUUCCGAACCAUCAUCACCAAUUACCAUCUAAUUAUGCAGAGAACUCAGGAUUUGAAAACGAGGGAAUCGCAGUAAACUGGCGUUCCCAUGCCAAAGCUGUCAGUAAUGGCAGUCUGAAAAUGCCAAAUAAGUUCUUUUUCCUGACAGAACUGCAUUUUGGUGGCUGUGGCUGCUACACCUCAAGCGACCGGUGGAAGAAGUUUGGUUAUAACGCCACUGCCAUCGGAAUUCGUUAGACUUACAUUUACUAUCCUUUACCAUAUUGAUCAUCGAAGAACCCAUAAAGUGUACCUCAAGAUAUAAAUUUACUCGGAGAAUUUAAUUCGCACGGGCAGGCUAAUCGGCACUCCCACAGAAGUUCUAGGCUAGGAAAAUCAAUAGAAUUUCAAUCUGUGGCAUGAUUCAAUGUAAAUGUUCAAUAUGGCUCAGCAAAUCAACGCUUUAUUGAUUGUCCCUCCUGUGUAUGAUGCAUUCACUUUGUAAAACUUUCGGACGUGUAAUAAUCUGAAUACAUUACAUUGCUUUCCGCUGAAAACCAGACGUUUAGUCUGACUAUAUGUCUUUCAGCCCUCUGGACAUCUUGUUAAAACUGUCAGUGACAAUAUUAGGAGACGCUAUUUGAUCCCCGUUAUCAGCUGCAAUUAUUGGCAGAAUAGUCCUUGUCUGCAAGUCUCACGAGUAAGAGUUUUCAACUCAAGUUUUAGGUAUUGAAUUGUUGAGUGUACAAGCUCGCACUCAUUACUGAGUGGUAGU